AAAAAAGAUGGGGACAAGUGAGAUAACCUAGGAUCAAGCUCAAACCUAACUGUUGACGAGGUACAGCCAAGAGUUAAUUAAGGGUUAAACUCUCACGUAAACCUAGUAACAUCUAGUAGUAUAAAUGGCAAAAUUUAUGACAAAAAAUCACUGUCGAAUUUUGGGACAACAAAUCUGAGCCAUAUGAUAUGAUGAUGAACACAAACAAUAUGGAUGUGGUCAACAACCUCUCAUCAGAACUCGAAAGCUUCAAUCCUAGCAGUGUUCAUGAUUUCUUGCUAUCUUUAUCAUCAGCUAAUAAUGAUGAUGAUGAUCAUCAAGGGUUUUCUGAUCAUCAUCAAAGAUCUCAAAUCCCGUUUUCUUUCAGCCAUGAUAUUAUCACUGAUAUUCCUCCUUCAAAUGUUAUUCCUAAUUAUAGUUGUAGCAGCAGCCAGCUUCAUCAUGUUCAAGUACCCACACUCAAUUAUUUCGAUACAUUUUCGAGCUAUUUUCCGCAAGAAGGAGGUCCACCAACUAUCCAUGGAUUCGAUGAUACUGCUGCUAAAAUCAUUAAUCCAUCCUCUCAAUCUGAUAAUUUGGCGAAUUCGUCUCCGGGUUCUCUUCUAGCAAACAAGGCCAAUGGGAAUUAUAAUUAUGUUGGGAAGAAGAGAAGAAGAAGUAAUGAUAAAGAAGCGCAGAAGCCUAAAGAAGUUGUUCAUGUUAGAGCUAAGAGAGGCCAAGCUACCGAUAGUCACAGUUUAGCUGAAAGGCUCCGAAGAGAGAAAAUAAACGAGAAGCUAAGAUGCUUACAGGAUCUCGUUCCCGGAUGUUACAAGACGAUGGGCAUGGCGGUUAUGCUGGAUGUAAUAAUCAAUUAUGUGCGCUCUUUACAAAAUCAGAUCGAUGUGAGUUUUUAAUUUACUCCUUCAUGAAAUCCAUUUGAAAAUGAAUUGACGUAUAUACAUAUACAUUUUUCACACUUAAUCUGUUUUAUUAGUACUUUCUCGUCCUUCUUUCAGUUCCUCUCCAUGAAAUUGUCCACAGCGAGUUUAUACUAUGACUUCAACAACUCAGACAUGGAUACCUUGGGAACAAUGCAAGUAUGUAAAGUUUAAUUGACAACUUUUGUUUUUUAUUCUUGGUGAUCAUUUCGACAUCAUGAUCAAUAUGAAAUAAAGAAUAAAAACAAAAAUUUAUUUUCUCUGUUCCAAAAAUGGUCCACAUCGGAAUUGCAUAAUUUACAAAUUACGUAGUAGAUUAUUUUUUUGGAACAGAAUGAGUACUUAGUAAGAUUAGGAUUCUCAUUUACUGAAUAGCAUUUAUGUCUAAAUUAAUGGUUUGUUGCAAAGGGUAUGUAUGGAGAUGAAGCACAAGGAAUGGAGAAAAUGAUGGGAGAAGCUGGAUAUGGUGUACUUCGUCCUCAAUCACAUACUGCAAAUUGGCCCCUUUGACUUUGGUUAGUUGGAAAAAUGUGUCGACGGACAUCAAUAUCAGAUAGCUAGCUAGUAGAAUGUGGUUGUGUAAUUGUGUGAUCUUUGAUUUCUUUCCCUUAUACAAAAUCUGUGUUUUCAUCACUGAUCUCUUACAAAUUCAAUACUGAAAACCCUAUGGCACGUUUAUUUUGAUUAGGGUUCACUUGAAAUGUAAUGUUUACAUAUACACUUUGAUAUUGAUAAUAAACUUCUACAACUGAAAGAAUACGUUUGCUUCUCUGUUUUUUUUUAUUUUUUG